GUGUCAGUACCAUACGUUGUAGCAAUUCUCCCCUUUGCUUCUACAUUAUUCUUUCUGCUGUAGUUCUGUAAUAUAUUGAAAAAUGGGGAAUUCGUUUCAAAUAAUGUUUAGUAGCGAUCCAUUUCCGAAAAUGGACACAGAUCCAACAUUUGAUCCAAUGUUUGGAUUUAAAGGGGAGCGUAAAAAAAGAGUUACGCCAGGUAUAUCCGAAGAAGAUUUGAUAGCUGCUAAAGUUCCUACCGAUUUAAGAGAUUAUUGUGCUCAUAAGUAUUUGGAUUAUCAACGUUGUUAUAUGAAAGAGUUCCCUUUUGUAACACGUUGUUAUAAUGAAGUGCAUCACUAUAUCCAAUGUGAAUAUGAGGAUGAUAUCUUGAGGGCAAAGGAAUAUGAAAGAGAGCGUAGACUUCGUCUCAGAGAACUCAGGAAGCAAAAGGCUCUGGAAGCAGCAGCAGCUUAAAUUCCACACGCACCUAACACAUUUAGAUUAUACAUACAUGAAUAUAGACAAUAUAUAUGCAGUUUGCUUAUGAAAGUGGUCAUAAUAAAGAAUUUAAGGUAUAAAUUAAUAAAUAAAAAUAUCGAUAUUUUUAU